AUGUAUAGUAUAAUUUUUAGGCAAUGUAUGUGCUGCUACAGAGAUGUGAAGAACUUUGAAAGAUUUUAUUUAGUUGUGCAAAGCAUACUGUGUUUGUCCGUGUGCCAGCUGAAACAACUUAAAGAUGAUAUUAUUGAGGCUGCUAAAACGCCUGCACCUGAAAUUGAACCAGACAAACAAAACCAUGACACCACACCACCUAAGAGUGAAGAGGUGAAAAACAAGGAACCUACAGAGGCAGAUAAUCCUCCAACAUCAGAGAGAGAAAAUGAGGCACCAAAAGAACCUCCAGUGGACAAGCCACUUGCAGAUGAUUCUGAAGCAUGGCCCAUGCAGCAGAAAGAGAAGCUCAUGCACAUUGUAUCCAAAAUUUUUCUUCUCAAUUUCCCACUAUACUUGGCUUGUAAACAUUCAGCUCUCAGUCGCUAGAUGACUUCCGCACAGGAAAUAUCAAAUUUGAGCUCAUACUGUGAUUUGCAUGACACUGAAAUACCAGCAUACCUGCUUAGUAAUGUCAGUUUGUUUUGCAAACUGGGUGGUAUAUGUGCCAUGACUUCUGUGUUUGAGCAAUCAACACCAAACACAUUACCUUUAUCUAUGGCCCAUGCUAUAGUGGCAGCUGUUGGUAAUCUCAAGUUAUGGCUGAACUUUAGGGCUGUUGCCCAACUGUUCAUGCCGUUGAGGAGUAAAAUAUUAAAGUAUAUGUGCAGCUUAGAGGACAAGGAUCUUCGUGUACCGGCAGUUAAAUCCAUGGCAGAUUUCAUGUGGGGAGCUGCGAAAGAACCAUUAGAUGCGCCGCUCGCGUUUGACGGCGACGGUCUCGCGCUCGCCUUCAAGUACUUUAACAGUAGCACGCUUACCAUGCGACUGGCUGGCGUGGCGCAGAUCAACGCUCACAUUGUGGCGCACAACGAACUGUGCGCCGGCGAACCGGCAGCUGACGCGGAGCUCGCGGGUCAGCAGCUCGCCACCUGGCUCACCAAUAACAACAUAAUUGAACAUCUCUUUGGACCUAAUUUACAUGUCGAGGUGAUAAAACAAGCGCACAUGAUCCUGAAGUUCCUGGCGGUGGAGACGCGCGUGACGCCAGAACACGUGGAGCUGGUGUGGGCGGCGGCGCAGAGCUGAAGACACUGCAGCCGGCAGGUGUACGACCUGCUGCCCGGGUUCAUACGCGCGCUCGCGCCCAAGCCCUGCGCGCAUUUGUAUAGUCUGCUGUGUUCAUUACCACCAAAAGAGCAUACUGAACAGAGUUUGUACUUGGCGUCGGCGCUGACGCGUGCGAUGUGGUCGCGCGGGGGCGGGUGCGGGGGCGGCGGGUCUCCGGGCGAGCCGCGCGCGCCGCCGCCCGCGUGCAAGCCGCCGCACCGCUCCUCCUCCGAGGCGAGCGUCAGCAUGGACCAGACCAACUCUGAUGAUGACCCGUGUGAGGAACUAAGCACUUCUGGUGAAGAAGCUGGUCCUACUCCACGCAAACAAAGCAAACACCAACGGGAACUUACCGCGGAACAAGAGUGGUUGCGAGAAGGCGAAGAGUUGACAAAGAAAGAAUGUUCAACAUUGAAGUCUUGUCAGAAGCGCAGCAAACGCGCCGGCAGCAGCGGCAGCGCGAGCAGCGGCGCCGAAGAGCUGCUGCGUCCGCGCAAGAAGAAACUAUACAAGAAGCGACACAAGCCAGGCAAACCCAGGCAUUUCCUAGCGACCCAGUUGAAGGCUGCGGAUCUCGCGGAGUCAGUAUCAGAAGUGGAAGAGGAGUCCUCCGGGAGUGACACCGCUCACUGUCAAUUAUUGUGCGACAAUGUCGAUGCCAGGCGGUUAAUGGAACUGCGAUUGAUGGAGAGCUAUAAGCGUCGCGGCGGCGAGGAGGAAGAGGGCAGCGCGUCCUCCGCACUCUCGCCCAACUCGCACCCGCACAUUGCUGACCUCGAUGAGGACGACUCCGCUUGCGAGGAGGAACUCGCCAGGCUCGCUCAGCAGGCGCAGUGCCUGUCGGAGUAUCAGACGGCGCAUGCGCUAGCGUCGGCAGCGGGCGCGGCGGCAGCGGCAGCGGCAGCGGCUGCGGGCGCGCGCGCUCGCGGGUCGCGGUCAGGGUCUCCCGCGCCCGCGCCUUCGCCCCCGCCGCAGGCCACGCCCGCCACACCCUUCUGCGCCGACGACGUGUGCCGCCCCGGCAACACGCUGCUCUGGGACCUGCUGCAGGACGGCGCCAUAGAGCAGCUAGGCGAAGGUUUGGCUCUGGAGGCCGAGAAGGCGCUGUGCGCUCUGCUGUGUUUCAGCACCGACAAAUUUAUUAGGAUAAAGUUCAUUGAAGGCUGCCUCGACAAUCUUGCCAAUCACAGAUCUGUUGCAGUUUCACUCCGGUUACUGCCGAAGUUAUUUUCUUCCUUCCAACAACUUCGAGGAAUGGAUAUGCAUCAGGUGGUGAUGUGGGCGGAGCGCGAGCGCGGCAUGAUGCGCCUGUUCCUGGAGGAUCUGCGCCACUACACGCAGCAGCCGCGCGCCACCGCCGACGCCGCGCACUACGCGCACAUCACCGAGCUCACCGUGCGCCUGCACUUCCUCACUGCCAUAUUCUCACCGGUCGGAUCGCCGCAGCACUUCCGUUUAACAGUGGAGCAAGUGGAGGAGCUGUGGCAGUGCCUGGUGGUGCGCGGCAGCAGCGAGUGCGCCGACUGUCUGUACUCGUGGCUGCUCUCGCACACCAAGUCGCCCGACCAGCACGCGCUCGGACUGGACGCGCUCAGGUUCCUCUACGUGGAGAAGAUGCCCACGCUCGACCCGGAGACAAUAAGCAUAAUGGGCCUAAGCCUGUACCAGCAGCUGUGUAACCUGGCGCGCAUGGCGCUGGGCACGGGCGACUCGCGCGACUCCUCGCACCCGCACACGCUCGCCAUGGACCAUCUGUGGAAGAUAGCACUGCGGGCCAACAACACCGAUGUAUCCAUGGGCGCAAUUCAGUACCUGAACAGUUACUACAUGGGACAACAGUUGCAGCAGGAAGACGACUUUGUGGCGAAAUGCAUGUUCCACUUGUCUUCUGCUGCUGAAAGGCUCAUUUCCAAGAAACAGGAGACUGAUAGCGCCUCGCCGUCUCAAACUCCUGCUGACAAUGAGAAGGAAGAGAAGAAAAUCGACAAACAGAAUAUAUAUGAGCAUAUGACAGAGGAAGCAGCGUUGCAGUGUAUACAGAGGGCAUUGUUGUUACUCAAAACUCAUUUAGAUACUUUCAAACGGCGAUACGCGUACCACUUGCGUCGCUGGGCGCUGGCGGAGUCGGGCGCGUGGCAGGGCGCGGGCGGCGCGGGGUGCGUGCGCGUGACGCUGCAGCCGGCCGGCGCGGGCCCGCGCGCGCUGCUCGCGCUGCACCACCACGACUACGUCGCGCAUCUGCGCGCGCACGUGCACGUCUGGUGGGAGACGCAGAUACAGGGAGAAGAAGGCGUCACAGCAUUAUCCACAGAUGGCCCGCUGCGAAUGAUAACACAGGGACAAGAGCUGACCGUUGAUUACGACGAGAGAACACUGUAUGAUAUGGGGUUUAAAGAUAAUCAGUUGGUGUUCGUUUCUGUGGGCGUGGGUGGUCGUGGCGCUUGGGCGGAGUGGCCAUCGGCCCAGCCCGCGCCGUCAAGAGCUCGUCUGCCAACACUUCUGCUUCUUGACCCAACAUAUUUUCACCACCUGUUUACCCUCAUGCAAGCUCUUGGACAGAUGAAAGAGCCGGGGCCUAAUGGGGAGCUGGUAGCGCACACAAAAGCGCAACUGCUGUCACGUCGAGUUUGGGAUAUAUUACAAGCGGUCCCUCUCAACCCUACGCUGUUGGAAGCCUUCCAAAACCCGAUAGAGAGCAAAUUACCAGAAUUAAUCGACCCUAAUAGCCCUCAAAAACUCAUGUAUUCACUACACAUUAUCGAUAAGCUGAGCUCGAACAACACUACUCCAACCGUCAAAGAGACCACAGUUACAGAGAAAACAGAGGACGAGAAAGCCAGUGUAGAGACGUGGAACGAUCUGUUUAUAAAGAAGGGUGGACUAAGACUGUUAUAUGAUAUAAUGAUGUCAGGCGUCUUGCAAAAAAGCGACGAUAGCGAAUGGCGGCAAGAUUGUCUUGCCUUGCUACUGCAGCUCUUGUGCCGUAUUGGAACGUUACCGACUUCCGAUCCUGCGCAAACACCUAAAUUACACCCGGCGUUGUUAUCUCUUAUGAGUGCAGAGGAGACAACGGAGAGGUUAAUAUCGAUACUGUGCGAGGCCGCCACUCUUAAGGAACCAGCUACUUAUAAAACUGGAUUUUGGGGUCGAGCUCAGGUGGUGCAGCACGCGAUGCGCAUGUGCGUGUGGUGGGCGCGUGGCGGCGGCGACGCGCCCGCUCUCGCCUGGGCGCUGCGACGAGCCGCACCUAGGCUGCUGCUAGACGAUAAUGAUCCCGCCGUGCGUCGCGAGGCGGGCAGCGCGCUGUACCGGCUGUGCGCGGGCGGCGAGGUGUGCGUGCUGGCGCCGCUGCUGCAGCUGCUGCUGGAACAGCUGCCGCGCGCCGCCGACAUGCGCCCGCACCCCGCCCUACACACCCACCACCCGCACCACCCGCACCAUCAUCAAGAGAUUGUACACCAUCACGCGGAAGAAGGGAAAGAGCCCUACGGUCCAGCGUGUCGCGAUUACUUCUGGCUCGUUUGCAGGCUUAUUGACGGUCUGCCUGAAGAGUUUUUCAAAGAGGGCGCUACGUCCGAAGACAGCGGCGCGCCCGAUCUCAACGAGCUUUGCGAGCAAAUUCGCGUCUCACUAGAGAAGGAAAUUAUCGAGAAGAGAACUGAACCUUGUACUCCAGAUGACGGGCUGUACGGGCAACUUAGCUUGUUAACUCAUCUACUGAAACACCCGCUUAGAUUCAAGACCUCUGAACAAGGCACCAGGACUUUGGAGAUGGUGUUCGGUUUCCUGUUCGACGUGCCCAACCCCGACAACCGCAACCUGCCCAAGUGCAAGUCGCAGAAGUCGCGCGCGGCCGCGUACGACCUGCUCGUGGAGCUCGUGCGCGGCGCCCCCGACAACUACAUGGUGCUGCACCACAAGCUCAUGGAGCAUCACAAGCCAGGUCCGUCAUGCUCGUACCCGUGGGACUACUGGCCGGCGGAGGAGUCGCGGUCGGAGUGCGGGUUCGCGGGGCUGACGAACCUGGGCGCCACGUGCUACAUGGCGUCGUGCAUGCAGCACCUGUACAUGAUGCCGCAGGCGCGUGCCGCGGUGUUGCGCGCUGAUCCGCAACACAGCCGACACGCGCCUACGCUCAAUGAGAUGCAACGCAUGUUCGCAUACCUCAUGGAGAGUGAGCGCAAAGCGUACAACCCUCGCAGCUUCUGCAAAGUCUACCAGAUGGAUCACCAGCCGCUGAAUACUGGUGAACAGAAGGACAUGGCGGAGUUCUUCAUAGACCUCGUGUCCAAGCUGGAGGAAAUGACGCCCGAACUCAAGAAGCUGGUCAAGACGCUGUUCUGUGGAGUGCUUAGUAACAACGUCGUGUCUUUGGACUGUCCGCACGUGUCGCGCACGCUGGAGGAGUUCUACACGGUGCGCUGCCAGGUGGCGGACAUGCGCAACCUGCACCAGAGCCUCGACGAGGUGACGGUGAAGGACACGCUGGAGGGCGAUAACUGCUACACGUGCAGCCAGUGCGCCGCCAAGGUGCGCGCGGAGAAACGGGCGUGCUUCAAGAAGUUACCUCGCAUACUUUGCUUCAACACCAUGCGAUACACCUUCAACAUGCUCACGAUGCUCAAGGAGAAAGUGAACACGCAUUUCUCGUUCCCGAUGCGGCUCGACAUGUCUGGAUACGUUGAGAAACAUCUCAUGCCCGCGCAAUAUCAAGAGGAGAAAAAAAAGAUGUCUGAAACGAACAAAGAAGAGGAGGGCAGCCCUAGCGCCGACAGCGAAGACAAUCCAGAGGCUGAAGAGCAUUAUGAAUACGAGUUGAUAGGCGUGACAGUACACACGGGCACGGCGGACGGCGGACACUAUUACUCGUUCAUACGCGACCGCGAGCACGAGCACCACGACCGCUGGCUGCUGUUCAAUGACGCUGAAGUGAAGACCUUCGACCCGGCGCACCUCGCCGCCGAAUGUUUUGGGGGCGAGAUGACUAGUAAAACGUACGACUCGGUGACGGACAAGUUCAUGGACUUCUCGUUCGAGAAGACGAACAGCGCGUACAUGUUAUUUUACGAGCUCAGCCCGCCGCGAGCGCAGCGCGACUCCGACAGCGGACAGCAGGAGGAAGCGCAGUCGUCCACGGCUGAAGAAAGCAGCCAAGCGUCAUCGGUGGAGCGACGCAGUAGCGACACGGCGCCCGCUAUCACCUUGCCGCCCGAUCUGUUGAAGUGGAUAUGGGACGACAACAUGCAGUUCUUGCACGAUAAGAAUAUUUUCCAGCACGCGUAUUUCACGUUCAUGGGGCAGAUGUGCAGCUCAGUGCCGCAGUCGCUGCUGACGCUACGUCCGGAAAUCACGGAGAUUGCUGCUCGUCUAUCAACGUCAUUUUUCAUUGAGACAUUCAUACAUGCUAAGGAGAAGCCAACAAUGGUGUCUUGGGUGGAGUUGGUCACGAAGCAGUUUAAUGCAUCGGCAGCCGCGUCCGAGUGGUUUUUAGGUCACAUGGCCGAUGACACAUGGUGGCCUAUGCAAGUUUUAAUAAAAUGUCCGAAUCAGAUGGUCCGGCAAAUGUUUCAAAGGCUCUGUAUGCAUGUGAUACAGAGAUUGAGGUCUAGUCAUUGUGCCUUAUACCUGCAGGGUAUGGAGGAAGGCGAAGAUAAUAGCAAGUUGGGCGAGGCGAGUUGUGUUACUAGGUUUAUAAGAAUGUUGUUGUCUUUGAUGGAGAAUGGAGCGCGAUCGCACUUACGGCAUCUAACGGAAUACUUCAGUCUAUUGUACGAAUUUAGUAAAAUGGGAGAGGAGGAGGGCAAGUUCAUGUUGCGAAUCAACGCCAUCAGCACCAUGGUCAAUUUCUAUUUAGGACAAAAUGGAUCGACAUGUGACUCGCCAACCGAGGACGCAACUGCGAGUGGCGGAAGUGGCGGAGGUAGCGGGGAGGGAGCGGCGGUAGUGGCGCGAGUGGCGGCAGCGGCAGCGGCAACGCGGAGAGCGGCGGCGACAAGCUGCGGCCCGGCGCGCUCGACAAGAUGGUGGCGCUCGUCGGCGGACUCGUCGAGCGCUCGCGCGACGCCGCCGGACACCUCGCGCUGCACGAGCCUGACGCUCGCGCGCUACUGCAUGCCAAGGUAUCAAAACUCUUCCCUCUCUAUCACUCUGGAUCAUUAG